UCCUCAGUUUGUGUGACGCCUGGCGAGGUGAAGGACGCGCCAUCAGCCCAUCACUGCACAAAAUGGUGAACAAGAUGGACAUGAGCCUGGAUGACAUUAUCAAGGCCAACAAGAUCAAGGGCGGCCUGCGGAGAGGUGGAGGGGCUGCGGGGCGUGGGCGUGGGCGUGGAGGAGGAGGAGGAGGAGGUGGUGGUGGUGGUGCUGGCCGGGGCGUGAGGCGGGGCUUCGGGGCCGGGAUGGGGCGCGGUAGACCCUCACCGGGGCAGCGACCACAAGGAGGCGGUAGGACCAAUUUUGGACAAAGGGGCAAUGUUGAUGGUCGGUGGAGCCACGAUUUGUACCAAGGUGGAGGCGGCGGCGGCGGUGGCGGUCUGCGGCAAAUGUCCGGACCAUCCAAGCUUCUCAUCUCCAACCUGGACUUCGGCGUGUCAGAUUCAGACAUUCACGAACUGUUUGGAGAGUUUGGCGCCAUGAGGAAUGCAGCAGUUCACUACGACCGUUCAGGGCGGUCGCUGGGCACCGCUCAUGUGGUGUUUGAGAGGCAAGCUGAUGCCAGCAAGGCCAUCAAGCAGUACAACGGUGUGCUGCUGGACGGGCGGGCCAUGAACAUCACCAUCGAGGGCGGCAACACGUCAGGCCGCCUCACCACAGCAGCACCGGUCAAGAGGCUUCAGGGAGGACCCAAACCUGUGGGAGGAGGCUAUGGAGGUGGCCGGGGCAGCAGAGGCAUGCGAGGCAACACAAGGGGAAGAGGAGGAGGAGGCGGCCGGGGGGGCAGAGGCUUUGGGCGGGGGGCAAGGGCCAAGGUGCCCACUGCUGAAGAGUUGGAUGCCGAGCUAGACGCCUAUGUCAACCAGGUCAACAAGUGAGGUGCCUGGCAGUGAGGAGGCUAAGGAGGGAGCCUCCAGGAAGCCACCAGGAACACAGAGCCACACGUGAUCUUGAUACACCCCAGGAUGAUAGAGUUAUUAUUUGUUUGCCCAACUAAUGUACUAGCAAUGUAUGAGAAUUUUAAGAUGAUAUAUAUUGACCUGUAAUUUUAAGACAAGGUGCAUUCACUUCUCUCUUUUUUCUAAAGUGUGAGUCAUUUCAUUUCACAUGUUUGCACCUGAACUGUUUAGACUUAAGUGUAUUCAUGUAUGGAAGAAGUACAAGUAUCCUCAUGGUUAAUGAAUAUAUAGACAUUUUGUGAAUAAAUAUGUAAAAAAUUCA